GCCGCCAUUUUGACAUUUGUUUGGCUUUUGUGUUCACAAACACAAAAUAUUCGUAUAUUUUGUGCGAUAAAGCCAAUUUUUAUUUCUGUAAUCGUGAUUAAUGAUUCCCUAUUUCAGUCGGUAAAGAAAAAACCCAAAUACCAGUAAAAAUACCUUGUCUUUACCAGCGCGUAAAUCAAUAACGUUUCGCUGCCGCCUUUUUAUUUUCGCAUUGUGAUUUUCUUUAUUAUUUGAAUAAUUUGUUACUCAGAAGUGUUCUAAAUUGUGAGAAAACUUUGUGUACUUUGUGUCUAGGGUGGCUGAAUCCAGAAUAGUUUAUAAAAUGUGGUAAAUGGUUUGAAAGAAAAAGGCGCGAAGGGAUUACUGCGGCUAUUUGUAUGUUUGUGAGAAAAACGUAACAUUUUCGGAAAUUACAAAGAAUUUAACUUAGUGGAGUCUUAUUUGUAUGUGUCCGUUGAUGUUUCGGGUGUUUCAUGAGUCUUCUCGGUCACAAAUGGUGAGAAAACUAACUUUCUAGCGACUUGAGUUCAUGUUAACUUCCCAAUCUUGCGAUGCGGUUAAGAAGUAGGAAAAGGGAGCGACCGCUCUCAGGCAAAAGGAAUUCUCAGAAAGUGACCAAACAUAAAAACAAACCAUUAAACAAUCCAUUGAAAAAGUCCAAAUCUUGGAAUAAAAUCAUCAAAUUAGAUUCAGCUAAGAAUGUCUUACUCCCAGAGUCUAGCAUCUGCAUUACGCGUUCACAAAAACAUUUGAAAGGUCGACCCGUAAGGAAUAUUUUAAAAAGAAUGGAGAAAACUGCUGAAACACCGCACAAAACUAAGCCGAAACUCAAGGAGGCAUGUGCAAAGAAACCAAUCUUCCAAACGGUUGUACGUAACACCAAUAAAGACUCUGUAAGUACAUCAACAGUUCUGAAAAAGACGCAAAAUGAUAAAGUCACGACUACUUCCAAACCUAGAGAAGUACGUACAACUAAAUGUGCACAACUACGUCACAGUUCUCUUAAUAGAGAGCUGCAUAAGAACGAUGGAGUCUCUACCGCCUUGAAUUCUCCAAGAAAGACAAGGAGAUUAGACAAAACUGACAAAUCGGCUUCGUUAAACAGCUCUCCCAUCCGAAAAGUGAGACAAUUAGGUGUUCCAUCACCGAAAAUAACAAAAGUUUCAUCCACAAAUGAGAGCCCGAAGAAAAAAGCCAAGAAGAUUCCGGAAACAUCAAAGUGGCCUGACGAUAAUGACGUCACGAUGUACGAAGCUCACACAACAACUUUUGUCGACUAUCCAACUCGAAAAUCCGAAGAAUCCGAUUCAGAAGUGCAAGUGGAAUCAUCUGAGUUAUGUCUUCCAAAUGAUUGCUUGAACGAUUUCAUGGCUAUAGCUGAAUGUGCACGGUUGAUAAAUGAGAAUAUGCAAGUGGAGGACGAGGUUAGUUUCCUAGCUGAGAAAGCGGCCAGGGUCAUGGUGACGGAAACUGAGAAGAGAACGUCACGAACAAACUCUAUUGAGAAGAGGUUGGUGAAGCGGAGGAAGUCUAGUAACGAUCUGGAGAUGUAUCAGCCAACGUCGACUACUGACGAUUUGGAUUCAUGCACGGAUUUUUUGGGCAGUGGAGAUAAAUAUGUACAGCCGGACUUCGUGACGUUGCUGGAACAAGAUGGCUACGUCCGCGACUCGGAGUGCGAGAUAUCGUCCACGUGCGAUACGCAGGGCACCGCUAUAGAGAGCUUGGAGGCGCUGUCCGCCCGCAGCCCCAGCUCGGGGUUCCUCGCCGAGAUCAGCCAGAGUUUAGCCGCGGAAGCUGCUACCUGGAAUGGCGCGGAACUGUCAGCGGAUGACGCGUCUCUUGUUUGUCAUGAUGAGCAUUCUCCAUCAGAUAUUGAGGAGGAAGCCGAUGUGAUCUCGUCUUGCAGCCGCGUGGAGUGCGGUCAGAUCUCCUCGUGGGUGGACGCUUUCGAUCCAUACUUGUUCAUCAAACAGUUGCCGCCAUUGGAGACAGUGGCGGCGGGCGGUCUUCGGGCCAGAUAUCCCGCUUUACCGCUCAAAACACGCACCAGUCCGGACUUCAGCCUGGUACUGGACUUGGACGAGACCCUGGUGCAUUGUUCGCUGCAAGAGCUACCCGAUGCGAGUUUCAAUUUUCCAGUUUUGUUUCAAGAUUGUCGGUACACGGUGUUCGUCCGCACUCGUCCGCAUUUCGCCGAGUUCCUGUCGCGCGUGUCGCGCGUGUACGAAGUGAUAUUGUUCACGGCGAGCAAGCGGGUGUACGCCGAUAGAUUGCUCAACUUGUUGGAUCCGCAACGCAGGUGGAUCAAAUACAGAUUGUUCCGUGAACACUGUCUCCUUGUGAACGGUAAUUACGUCAAAGAUCUCUCCAUACUUGGCCGGGAUCUGAGGAAGACGGUCAUCGUGGACAACAGUCCGCAGGCCUUCGGCUACCAACUGGAGAACGGUAUACCGAUAGACAGCUGGUUCGUGGACCGCAGCGACAACGAGCUGUUGAAAUUGUUGCCUUUUCUCGAGCACCUCGCCACUAAAGAGGACGUGCGGCCGUACAUAAGAGACAAAUACAAAUUGUUCAGCUACCUGCCACCGGACUAAGGUAUUUCUGGAACGCGCUAUCAAAGUUUUUUCAGUUCUAAAACGCGCUAUCAAAGUUUUUCGCCAACCUUCUCGAGACUUUUUAUUGCAAUAUGUGUGUGCAUUUGGAUGUGAAACAAAGCUGGUUGAAAAUAGUAAUUGGCUAUGGAAAAAAAUAAUACUUAAAUAAAAUCAUAAAUAAUGUCUUCUCCCAGAUAAUACAAGAAAUAUGAGAUUACAUCAUAAAUUUAAUUACAUACAUAGUCAAUUACUGAUUUUUAUCGCUCUAAGUAACGAUAUAAUUUUAUCUUCAUCUUAAAUUUAAA